AUGACCAACAUAUUCACCAUCCAAGAUCUGAUCAAAACUGAAGGAACAUUUGCUGAUCGUCUCAAUCCUUGUCCUCCUGGCUGCAAGUGGAGAGAAGAUCAGCUCCAGAGCUGGUACAAACAGGCAAAGGAAAACCUUGUUGAGGGUGAUGGCGAAGAGGUAGUUGAUCACAGAAAGGCAGAAAACCCAUUUGAGUCUAGGUAUGGGCAAGGUUGGGAGGAAGAACUCAGAAAGGUUUUGCACAGAAAUGGCUCCGUUUCUAUUGCUCAUCAGGUAGACCAUAUUGUUCAUGAGUCUGCCCAAACAAUGACAGGGACAAAACCUGAGGAUGAUUGGAGGUUCUACCAUGAUGCCCUUACACUAAUGACAUCCGCUGAUCUCAUUGAUUACAUGAAGGCUAAAGGAAUAUAUCACAGAUGGAUCCUCCCAGAGCAGGGACUAUUUGAAGAUGACACAGCCCUUAAACAUUACCGGGGGCGACCUCCUGGUGACUCUCCGGAGUUGAUGCCCUGGGAUAACAAUCUGAAUCAAGAUGCCCAUGUUUCGGUUGAACAGCAUGUGUGA